GAAAUAUAAUUAUUUAUCAGAUCUCGAUUUGUCAUGGCAAAUGAGAAGUGUUCAGAUAAUCAUUUAUCGGAUAGUAACGAAAUCAAGUCGGACAAAAGUGAUGCGAAACUUACAGAAACUGAAGAAGUUGUCAACGAAGGAGCUAGUGGCUCAAAUUCAAAGUCAAGCAAGGAAUUAUUUCAGGCUUUUACCAAGAAGAAUGAACGAAUGCGCAAGCUUAAAGAACUCCAUUUAAGACGGAAUGAGGCCCGCAAAAUGAACUAUCAAGAAGUUGUUGAAGAAGACAGAAGAAAUAAGUUGCCUGCAAAUUGGGAGGCAAAACAGAAAAGAGUGGAGUGGGAGCUUGAAGAUCAUAAAGCCAGAACUGAAGCAGAAGCAAAUGGAGAGGACUAUGAUCGCUUGAAACUUCUUGAAGUAACAGCAGAUGAUGCUGAUAAACAAGACAAAAGAAAAAAGAGAAAGAAAAAUACGGAUGUUGGAUUCUCAGACUUUGCUGCUGCACAGGAAAGACAGUAUUCUCGUCUUGUUAAGCAAAUGAAGCCAGACCUUACUGCAUAUCAAGAACAAAAAGAGAAACUCGGAGAGCGAAUGUACCCGAGUGCCAACAACAUUGCAUAUGGUGGCGAUGGAAAGGUUUCAAAGGAGGGGGUUGAUCGAAUGGUGGCCGAUCUCGAAAAACAGAUUGAAAAACGUUCAAAGUACAGCAGACGGCGGGCUCAUUGCGACGAGGCCGACAUAAGUUUCAUCAACGAGAGAAACAUGAAAUUCAACAAGAAAUUGUCUCGUUUUUACGACCAAUACACUGGCGAGAUCAGACAGAAUCUGGAGCGCGGCACUGCUAUUUAACUGUACAUAUAUAUGUAAAUCCGAAAGAUUUAGUUGAGACAUUUCUGAAGUCGAGAAUUUCGAGGAAAAUGUGAAGAUGAAUGUUCAAGUUAUAAUUUUAAAAUUAUUAGUUUCAGGUCAGGAGCUUGUGACGCAAAACUUGGAUGUUGAUUUCCACUGAAUCGUGAUUACUUCCAUUUCAAUAAUUCUUGAAGCUACACUUUAGCUCUCUACUAGCUACAUUUUCAGUUUUUGUGGCAAAUAUGGAAGUUGCAAACAUCAAACCAUGUGGUCAAUAUUCCGUACACGAAGUCAGCUUUUUGUGAAGUUCGUCACAUGGUUCACCCUAAAACAUCAAGAAAACGUCUUCUAACACAGACUUCAGCGAGCGAUCGGUAGAAAUGAAAUUUAAACUGAAGCUCGCUGACCCGGCUUUGCCGUUGUGUACAAAUCCUACACGGUGAAUAAAAAUAGUCAAAAUUGACAUUGCUUUCCAUCCGACGUGGGUGAUGUAUAUAUAUUAGAAGUAACCUACGGGUUGAAUUUUGGUUUUUAAGUCAUUUCUUGCAACAACUCUUUUGAGUUUGGUGAAAAUUUGCUCUCGAAAUAUUCACUUUAAUAAAUUAAUCGAUUACA